CCAUACUUCUGAACUUCGCAGGCGUAAAAAUGGCCUUCAAGCUCAUUAUCGCUGUGAUGCUGGUCUUUGUUGUGUCGAGCCAGGCUAGGCGCACGGAGCAAAGGAAUCGAUUCAACUCAGUUGGAGUCAAACCAAUGUAUACUUGGAUAACGUACGAGGGCAGGAGACUCUAUUGCCCUGACUACACGGAAGUAGACAUCACCCAGCAGGAAGCCUGCAACUGCCCCUUCCUCGGAUGCAUGAGACAGCACGAGUGCCUUGCAGGACGCGUCCAUUGCUGGCUGAAUAACGACAACUACGAUCAAAACAACAUGGUGGACUCGGAUUGCGAUUGCAGAUAUCUUUAAAAACUCAACACGGACGUUUGAACCACCUGGCUCUAUUAGAAAUGAUGUAACAUGGCGUAGGCAAUUGUUUGAUUGAAACUGAAUAAAUGGAAAAUGAACAUUAAAAA